AUGAUGACCCCCCUGUGCCGCUUGCGCUGCCCCCAGUGGCGGCUUCAAGCCCGGAACCUCACCCGCCAUGCGCGCGCCUUUUCCGACGUCAAGCGGCCGUCGUCGGCGCCCAAGCCCAUCAUCGACAUCAAGCACAUCCGGCAGAACCAGGCGCUGUAUGAGCAGACGUGCGUGGAGCGCAACUACAAGCGCCAGGCGGCGCACCCGGCCCGGAUCGUGCAGCUGCACGCCGAGUGGCAGCAGCUGCAAAAGGACGCGCGGGCGCUGAGGGAGCGGUCGAACCUGCUGCGCAAGGAGCUGGCCAACUCGGCGACGAGCAGCGACGACGAGGACCUCAAGGACGUCAAGACGAUGAGCCGCGAGAGGGUCCAGGAGGAGGCGCGGGCGCUCAAGGGCGAGCUGGCGGUGCUUGAGAAGAAGGAGGCCGACGCCGUGGCGCAGAUGGAGGCGCUGGCGCUCGAGAUUCCCAACCUGACGAGCGAUGACACGCCGAGGGGCACCGAGCCCGAGGUGCUGAGCUACAUCAACGAGGCGCCGAGGUUCGAGCAGGGAUCGGACCAGCUCUGGCGAUCGCACGUGCACAUCGGCGCCGAGCUGGGCAUCCUCGACUUUGCCGGUGCGGCGACGGCGUCCGGCUGGGGAUGGUACUACCUGCUGGGGGAGGCGGCGCAGCUCGAGCAGGCUCUGAUCCAGUACGCCCUCGCCGUCGUGACCAAGCACGGCUGGACGCAGGUGUCGCCGCCGAGCAUCGUCUACAGCCACAUUGGCGCCGCGUGCGGCUUCCAGCCCCGCGACCAGAACGGCGAGCAGCAGGUCUACACCGUCGCCCAGUCGCAGGCCGACGCCGACCGCGGCGUGCCCGAGCUGUGCCUGGCGGGCACGUCCGAGAUCCCGCUCGCGGGCAUGAAGGCCAUGGCCACCCUCGACGCCGUCGACCUGCCCAUGAAGCGGGUCGCCGUGUCGCGGUGCUACCGCGCCGAGGCGGGCGCGCGCGGCGUCGAGACCAAGGGCCUGUAUCGCGUGCACGAGUUCUCCAAGGUGGAGAUGUUUGCGUGGACGGCGCCGGACGAGUUCGAGGCGCGCGACGUCUUUGACGAGAUGCUCGACAUGCAGACGGAGAUUCUCUCGUCGCUGGGGCUCUACUGCCGCGUGCUGUCCAUGCCGUCGACCGACCUCGGCGCGUCGGCCACGCGCAAGAUCGACAUGGAGGCCUGGUUCCCGAGCAGGGAGCACCACAGCGGCGGCUGGGGCGAGGUCACGUCCGCGAGCCUCUGCACCGACUACCAGACGCGGCGCCUGGCGACGCGCCUCAAGACGAGCAGCGGCAGGCUGGGCUUCCCCUGGACGGCCAACGGGACGGCGCUCGCGGUGCCGCGGGUCCUGGCCGCGCUGCUGGAGAACGGCUGGGACGAGGAGGAGGGCACGGUGGCGAUCCCCGAGUGUCUGAGGCCCUGGAUGGGCGGGAGGGACAGGAUUGGGCCGUCGGCGAGGAGGAAGAAGGAUGGCAAUGCGGGGGAGAUGAUGGCUUGA